UCCUGAGGAUUGUCUGAUUUAAAAGAGCUGAUUCUCCCCAGGCAAAUGACUUAGCUUUAUUGUGCUGGGACAAGCUGAACAGGCAAGGAAUAAACCUCCCUAGAACACACUGAUUAGAUUAGCCAGUGAGAACCACUGAAGACGCAGACAUUAGAUUAAAAAACAGAAAAAUGAAUGUUACUUUUACAGUGGCUAUGAAUAGACAAAGACUUUUUGGUUUGAAAAUAGUUGGUGAGGCAAUAGAGGAGGGGCUAUGUUAAUAGCAGAGGUAGAAAAAACGAGAGGUGGAUGGUUCCAACUGCAAGGUCCACCCUAAAGGAAUUGGAGUCAGGGCCCAGGAGCCACAGGCCACUGCACUGGGGCAUCCCAGGAUUUGGAAUUCAGCUGUGAGCUCAUGAGCUGAUGGAUGUUUCCAGGAGUACCCUGAAGACCACCCAGGUGGGAGUGUAAGAUAACCUUCCAGAUAAAGAGUUGCUGCUACCAAAAGAGUGCUGACACCAUCACAGUAUGUUCCCUUCUCAACCCUGGACACGGUUCAAAAGCAGCUAAAGUAGACAAGAAUCUGGGGCAGCCAAUAUUGUACCACCUGCCAAAGCUUGGCACAAACAAUCUGGAAGCCAAAAAUUGCACAUACUGUGGAACAGAGGAAGUGGUUCUGGCCUCCCUGGGAUUUGGAUCCUGGUUUCCAGAGCUAAGAACACGAAGUCAUGAAGGUGAAGGAGGAGAAGGCUGGGGUAGGAAAGCUGGACCACACUAACCACAGGAGGAGAUUUCCGGAUCAGAAAGAAUGCCCUCCUAUCCACAUUGGGCUUCCGGUACCCAGUUACCCUCGAAGAAAAACUGACCAGAAGGGACAUCUUUCAGGCCUGCAAAAAGUCCACUGGGGCCUGCGGCCAGACCAGCCACAGCAGGAACUGACUGGCCCAGGGAGUGGGGCAAGCAGCCAGGACAGCAGCAUGGAUCUUAUCAGCAGGACUCGGUCCCCAGCUGCUGAGCAGCUCCAGGACAUCCUGGGGGAGGAAGAUGAGGCUCCCAACCCCACCCUCUUCACAGAGAUGGACACUCUGCAGCAUGACGGAGACCAGAUGGAAUGGAAGGAGUCAGCCAGGUGGAUAAAGUUUGAAGAAAAGGUAGAGGAAGGCGGCGAACGCUGGAGCAAGCCCCACGUGUCCACACUAUCCCUGCACAGCCUCUUCGAGCUCCGUACCUGCCUGCAGACGGGGACAGUGCUGCUGGAUUUGGACAGUGGCUCCUUACCACAGAUCAUAGAUGAUGUCAUUGAGAAGCAGAUUGAGGAUGGUCUCCUGCGGCCAGAGCUCCGGGAGAGGGUCAGUUACGUCCUCCUGAGGAGGCACCGCCACCAAACCAAGAAGCCCAUCCACCGUUCCUUAGUCGACAUUGGGAAGUCAGUCUCCACCACAAAUCGCAGUCCUGCCCGGAGCCCUGGUGCUGGCCCGAGUCUACACCACUCCACGGAAGACCUGCGGAUGCGGCAGAGUGCAAAUUAUGGACGUCUGUGUCAUGCCCAGAGCAGAAGCAUGAAUGACAUUUCUCUCACCCCAAACACAGACCAGCGGAAAAACAAAUUCAUGAAGAAGAUCCCCAAGGACUCAGAAGCCUCUAACGUGCUCGUGGGCGAGGUGGACUUCCUAGACCAGCCAUUCAUCGCGUUCGUGCGCCUCAUCCAGUCGGCCAUGCUGGGAGGAGUGACCGAGGUGCCUGUCCCCACCAGAUUUCUGUUUAUACUGCUGGGACCUUGUGGGAGAGCAAAAUCCUACAAUGAAAUUGGCCGUGCCAUUGCAACCCUCAUGGUAGAUGAUCUCUUCAGCGACGUGGCCUACAAAGCCCGCAAUCGGGAAGAUCUGAUCGCAGGAAUUGAUGAAUUUCUGGAUGAGGUCAUCGUCCUUCCUCCUGGAGAAUGGGACCCAAAUAUCCGAAUUGAGCCCCCCAAGAAGGUGCCCUCUGCUGACAAGAGGAAAUCUGUGUUUUCCCUAGCAGAGCUGGGCCAGAUGAAUGGCUCUGUGGGAGGAGGCGGCGGAGCUCCUGGAGGAGGCAAUGGAGGUGGUGGUGCUGGUGGCAGUGGCGGCGGGGCUGGCGGUAGCGGGGCCGGCGGAACAAGCAGCGGGGAUGAUGGAGAAAUGCCAGCCAUGCAUGAAAUCGGGGAGGAACUUAUCUGGACAGGAAGGUUCUUCGGUGGCCUGUGUCUGGAUAUCAAGAGGAAGUUGCCCUGGUUCCCAAGUGACUUCUAUGAUGGCUUCCACAUUCAGUCCAUCUCUGCCAUCCUAUUCAUCUACCUCGGCUGUAUCACCAACGCGAUCACCUUUGGUGGGCUUCUGGGGGAUGCCACCGACAAUUACCAGGGAGUGAUGGAGAGCUUCCUGGGCACUGCCAUGGCUGGCUCCUUAUUCUGCCUCUUCUCGGGACAGCCUCUCAUCAUUCUCAGCAGCACGGGGCCCAUCCUCAUCUUUGAGAAGCUCCUCUUCGACUUCAGCAAAGGCAAUGGCCUGGACUACAUGGAGUUCCGCCUCUGGAUUGGCCUACACUCAGCUGUCCAGUGCCUUAUCCUAGUGGCCACAGAUGCCAGCUUUAUCAUCAAAUAUAUCACCCGCUUCACCGAGGAGGGCUUCUCCACGCUCAUCAGCUUCAUCUUCAUCUACGAUGCUAUCAAGAAGAUGAUUGGUGCCUUCAAGUACUACCCUAUCAAUAUGGACUUCAAGCCGAACUUCAUCACUACCUACAAGUGCGAGUGUGUCGCCCCUGACACAGUGAAUACAACCGUGUUCAAUGCUUCAGCCCCAUUGGCACCAGACACCAACGCUUCUCUGUACAACCCCCUUAACCUCACAGCGUUGGACUGGUCCUUGCUGAGCAAGAAGGAGUGUCUGAGCUAUGGCGGGCGCCUGCUUGGGAAUUCCUGCAAGUUUAUCCCAGACCUGGCACUCAUGUCCUUCAUCCUUUUCUUUGGGACAUACUCCAUGACCCUGACCCUGAAGAAGUUCAAAUUCAGCCGCUAUUUUCCUACCAAGGUCCGGGCCCUGGUGGCUGACUUUUCCAUUGUUUUCUCCAUCCUGAUGUUCUGUGGAGUCGAUGCCUGUUUCGGCCUGGAAACCCCCAAGCUGCAUGUGCCCAGUGUCAUCAAGCCCACGCGGCCUGACCGAGGCUGGUUCGUGGCCCCCUUUGGGAAGAACCCGUGGUGGGUAUACCCAGCAAGCAUCCUGCCCGCCCUGCUGGUGACCAUCCUGAUCUUCAUGGACCAGCAGAUCACUGCUGUCAUUGUCAACCGGAAGGAGAACAAACUGAAGAAGGCUGCCGGCUACCAUCUGGACCUGUUCUGGGUGGGCAUCCUCAUGGCUUUGUGCUCCUUUAUGGGGCUCCCCUGGUACGUGGCUGCCACGGUCAUCUCCAUCGCCCACAUCGACAGCCUCAAGAUGGAGACAGAGACCAGUGCCCCUGGGGAGCAGCCCCAGUUUCUGGGAGUCAGGGAACAGAGAGUGACCGGCAUCAUCGUCUUCAUCCUGACGGGAAUCUCUGUCUUCCUGGCUCCCAUCCUAAAGUGUAUCCCCCUGCCGGUGCUGUACGGAGUCUUCCUCUACAUGGGCGUGGCCUCCCUGAAUGGCAUCCAGAUGGGGGCUGGAGGGUCAGAAUUCAAAAUCCAGAAGAAGCUGACUCCAUUCUGGGAACGCUGCAAGCUCUUCCUGAUGCCGGCCAAGCACCAGCCGGACCACGCCUUCCUGCGGCAUGUGCCGCUGCGCCGGAUCCACCUCUUCACCCUGGUGCAGAUCCUCUGCCUGGCGGUGCUCUGGAUCCUCAAAUCCACGGUGGCUGCCAUCAUCUUCCCGGUCAUGAUCCUGGGCCUCAUCAUUGUUCGAAGGCUUCUGGAUUUCAUCUUUUCCCAGCACGACCUGGCCUGGAUUGACAACAUCCUCCCAGAGAAGGAAAAAAAGGAGACAGACAAGAAGAGGAAGAGAAAGAAAGGGGCCCACGAGGACCGUGAUGAGGAGGAAAAAGAUCUUCCAGUUGGAGUUACUCACUCUGAUUCUUCCUUCAGUGACACAGAACUUGACCGAAGCAUCACCUUGCACUUCAAAAUCUCCUGUCCAGCUUCACCUGCUUUCAACUACUCACGGAACCCAGUGUUCAUGGUGCCACAGGUGAAGAUAGAGAUGGAGUCAGACUAUGACUUCACAGACAUGGAUAAAUACCGAAGAGAAACUGACAGCGAGACCACCCUCUAGGAUGAAGCAGCUUCUCCCAGAUAGGAGAUGGAGAGCCUUGCUUAGUCUUCACUGGGAGGGUCUUAACUUCUCUGUGCCUGUUUCCUUCUUUAUCAAACAGAGGGAGUCCGUCUGCCUAUAGAAAACUGGAGAUCUAUUGAUGAAAAGUACUGCUUAGAUGCAAAGCUCUCCCCUUCCCUUUGUAGUACUUAAAACACCUAAAGCUAAAUACUAUAUUUUAUUUUAAAAUGCAGUUCAGCAUAGAAAUUCUAACAUUUCUUUGGAAAUAAAAAAAAUGCUUGUUUCCCCAAACCAUAGCUAAGAUAAAGGGGCAAUAGUCAAUUCAUAUUUAAAACAAAUAUCAAUUUAAAAUUGUUUAAAGGUUAGAUUUAAAUAUAGAUGUUCUCGAACAAACUCGUAAUAUACUUUUAUGUCACUAGACCAUCUUUGGAAUAUUUGGCAAUUCUGCAUAUUAAGAAAUGCUGAAAAGGUCCUAUCUUUUCUCCCUGUCACAUCCAAUUUCCUAAGGGUUAUAUGAAAAGUUUGAACCAGCUGGACACAGUGGCGCACGCCUGUAAUCCUAGCACUUUGGGAGGCCGAGGCAGGUGAAUUGCCUGAGCUCAGGAGUUCGAGACCAGCCUAGGCAACACGGUGAAACCCCGUCUCUACUAAAAUACAAAAAAUCAGCCGGGUGUGGUGGCAUGCACCUGUAAUCCCAGCUAUUCGGGAGGCUGAAGCAGGAGAAUCCCUUGAACCUGGGAGGCAGAAGUUGCAGUGAGCCGAGAUGGCACCACUGCACUCCAGCCUGGGCAACAGAGUGAGAUUCCAUCCCCCAACAAAAAAAAAGUUUGAACCAUCUGCAUUAUGGGCCUUGCUCCAGAAGUGUGACUGGGGCUUUCCCAGAUUGAAAAGCCAGUUCCAAAACUCUGUUAAUGAAAGAACCAAUGCAUCUGAGUGGAUAAAUGUUUCUAAAAUAAAAUAGUUCUUGUUAAAGUGAAAUUUGAAACCACACGUUAAAUCAAAAUGAUCCUUUAAAUUAGUAUCACUGGUUUUUCAUACCUGGAAUCACAUUUCAUUAUACAUUUGGGUGGGUCCUCCCUGCAAAUUUUCAAUGUUUAUUCCCAAACUCCCAUUCAUGUGAACAAUACAGGUUAGACAGAGGUAAUGUCACAUUUUACAUUACAACUUUGCAAUAUUAAUCAACCUAGUACUUUAAAGGAAUGACUGAAAACUAUUUGGGAAGAUAAAAACCAGUUUCAAUGAAGCAAACCUAUUCCUCAUGAAACUUAAGAUCAGUCAUUUUACCUUCAAUCCACAUUUAAUGAACACCAACCAUGUUGAUUUAAUGCCUACUAUGACCCUGACAGCCACAGUGCAUCUGACACUUACUUUCUCCAAAACAACUAUGAUUUGAACCUUGAGUAAAUCCCUUGAACCUUGAGGUUAGAGUUACUAUAUUUGCUCAAGAUGACAAAUGCAGGUGCUUUCUUUUUUAAAGAAAAAUGACACUAGAUCAUUAACACCUUGAGUAUAGGACAGGUAACUGCCUCUGUAAUUCCCAGAGUCUAGUGUAGUGCCUGGUCCAUAGAAAGCUCUCAAUAAGUGUUUGAUUACAUUUAAUCAUCUCAGAGCUCCCUUCCAAGGGAUACUGCCAAGAGGUAAAGCUCUAAACCUCUACUCUUACUGAGAGCAGAAUUUCUUAGCUAAUCCAGAACCAUCUCCUAUGCUUAAGUAUAAAUUCUUGCCAGACACAGUGGCUCACACCUGUAAUCCCGCUACUUGGGAGGCGGCAGAGCUGGGGGGAUCAGUAGAAGUCAGGAGGUCAAGACCAGCCUGGGCAACAUAGUGAGACCCAUCUCUAAACAAAUGUUUAAAAAUUAGCCAGGCAUGCUGGCACACACCUGUAGUCCCAGCCAUUUCGGAGGCUGACCCAGGAGGAUCGUUUAAGCCCAGGAGUUCAAGGCUGCAGUGAGCUAUGAUCAUGCCACUGCACUCCAGCCAGGGAGACAGCUGGAACCCAUGUCUUAUAAACAAUAAUAAUUUUUUAAAAAAGUAUUUAUCAUCCGCACCAAUCCUAGGGAAGCUAACAAUCCACCCUUAACACAUUUCAGUUUUAAAACCUGGCUGAUCUGGAAUAGAACUCUGUCCAAAUUGAAUUGUAGAAAUGCUAUGGAUUCAAGAGUAAACCUGCUUGAUUAAUCAAACAAGCUGGAAAACUACUGUUAAUUUCUUUGUUGUAAAUUGAUCACUGUAAUUUUACCUUACAUGUCAUUUAUAUUUUGUAUAUACAUGAACAUUUUAAUUUCCAUAGCUUUUAACAGGUUGACAUAAUACUUCACCAUGCAGUAAGUCAGUCAUUUUUUCCACUUGUAACUGUAAUUCAAUAAAAUUUAAUCCUGUCUGGUCA